AUGGACCCGACUAAUAGCAGCCCCGCAUCGAACGUCAUCUCAAUACGAGAUACUAAUAGUAGGCAGCUCGCCACUACAUCCUCAUCAUCAAGUUAUUACAAGAAACGACCAGCACCAACCGUACUAGAAGAAGACGACUAUGUCGAACAAAUGAGCAACAUCAUCGAACGAGAUUUCUUUCCGGAUCUCAAGAAAAUCAAAGUCCAGAAUGGAUAUCUGGCUGCUAUAGAGGAAGGGGACAUAGCAAAAGCUAGACAUCUGGCUGUCGAGAUUGCCAGAAUAAAGACGGGCAAGGUGAAUAGUGGCGCUAGUACUGCUAGUUCUAUAGGUGGAGCAACUCCUUUAAGACCUGGUGGUGAGACUCCAUUCACACCUGCACAACCUCUAGCUGGUCCAUUACCGCCAUCAGCUGUGACGGAUCCAAUAACGACACAAACAAUCACAUCGAAUCUCUCACUGGACGCCUUCCAAAACAAGUAUACAUCUGAAGACAAUGCUUCAUUUUCCAAAAUCGUCGAAUCUAGCAACGACGCCAAACGAGAACGAUAUAAAUGGAUUUAUGAUAAAGAUACCUCGAAUCUGGUCUUGGAAUCAUCGGCUCCUCAGCUAUUGAUCACCAAUGGUGGCAGCAAUGAUGCUACGACGAGUAGUAAUAUCGGUGGCAGCAAUAUUGAUAUAGACGACACAACACCAAGUGCAGAUAUAAAACAGAUUGCUAGCUGGAAGCAAUUCAAGGCUCGAAAUGCACUCAUGUACUUCCCAGAAGGCUUUCAAGAGAUUGAUCCAGCAUUUAAAUCGACAGACCGGAACUCGACAAACGUAAAAUCUAUAUCUCAUCAUGCUACGAGACUACAACCAGCGCCAUCAACAACAUCAAUCCUAACAAACUCGCAAGAACGUCUGAAGACCGAUAAUUUAUGGCGUGAAAUGGCAAAAGCUACUCCAGCACUCUUCCCGUCAGUGGGUGGAUCAGCGUCUCCACAAGUCAAUGGAUUUGGAUAUGUGCCCUCAACGCCACUAAUAAACCCAGCAGAUCUAGAUGACGAACAGCUAAUCAUGACGUGGGGUGAAGUCGCUGCAACGCCAUUACUACUUGACUCGGGACUGGAACCUGAUGAUGGUACUCACGGCCCGAGAUUCAGAAUGAAUCCAACGCCGAGACGUGAUCAGCUUGGAUACGAUCUAGCAGACAAGAGAAGCAAGAGACGUGGACCGAGGGGUAUGAUUGAUGGUGUUGGAGUAGCGAGACCACCGUCCUCUGUUGCUUCGUCAUCGACGUCGUCGCCUAGGUUUGCCAAACCAUCAAUACCGUCCAACUUCAAGGUUGGAUCUGGAUUUGAUUCUCAGUUACGGGCUAGUUAUAGUCCUAUUGUUGCAUCAGGGGCUCGGAAUAGUAAAGUUGCAACGCCUCGUGGUGGUAGUGUGACGCCAUCUUUAGCCUCCAGAGUUAGUGUUACCCCUAGUCCGAGAGGAGUUACGCCAAUGAGAACGUCUGAUGUGAAGGGUGUUGGUAUCAGUAGCAGUAAUAGUAAUAGUGGUGGUGGUGAAAAGGGUGAUAGCGGCACGGGCAUAACGGAUAACUUGCUCAACUUUUGA